UUCCCCUAUUCGUUCCCUCUCUCAGCCUCUUUGCCCAAAACCCUAACUCUCUCUCUACAUUUCCUCUCUCUCUCUCUCUCUAGAAAGAGCAUUUUCAGAAAUUCAGAGAUCGCAACAAUGGCGGACGCCGAGACGUUUGCUUUCCAGGCCGAGAUCAACCAGCUUCUGAGUCUGAUCAUCAACACUUUCUACAGCAACAAGGAGAUCUUUCUUCGGGAGCUUAUCAGUAACUCAUCUGAUGCCUUGGACAAGAUCCGAUUCGAAAGUUUGACCGACAAGAGCAAGCUGGAAUCUCAGCCAGAGCUUUUCAUCCACAUCAUCCCAGACAAGACCAACAACACCCUGACCAUUAUCGACAGUGGUAUUGGAAUGACCAAGGCUGAUUUGGUGAACAACCUCGGUACCAUUGCCAGGUCAGGAACCAAAGAAUUCAUGGAAGCUCUUGCUGCCGGUGCUGAUGUAAGCAUGAUUGGGCAGUUUGGUGUUGGUUUCUACUCUGCCUACUUGGUCGCCGAGAGGGUGGUUGUCACAACAAAGCAUAAUGAUGAUGAACAAUACGUCUGGGAGUCUCAAGCCGGAGGUUCAUUCACUGUCACCAGAGAUACAUCCGGUGAAGUCCUUGGCAGAGGUACCAAGAUGACCCUUUACCUCAAGGAGGACCAGCUCGAGUACCUUGAAGAGCGCAGAUUGAAGGAUUUGGUGAAGAAGCACUCCGAGUUCAUCAGUUACCCGAUCUCUCUGUGGAUUGAGAAGACCACAGAGAAGGAAAUCUCGGAUGACGAGGAUGAAGAGGACAAGAAGGACGAGGAAGGAAAGGUUGAGGAAGUUGAUGAAGAGGAGGAGAAAGCCGAGAAGAAAAAGAAGAAGAUCAAGGAAGUCUCCCACGAAUGGGAUUUGGUGAACAAGCAGAAGCCAAUCUGGAUGAGGAAAACUGAGGAGAUCACUAAAGAGGAGUAUGCUGCCUUCUACAAGAGUCUUACCAACGACUGGGAGGAGCAUUUGGCUGUGAAGCACUUCUCCGUUGAGGGACAGCUUGAAUUCAAAGCUGUCCUCUUUGUUCCCAAGAGGGCACCCUUUGACCUCUUUGACACAAAGAAGAAGCCCAACAACAUCAAGCUCUAUGUACGACGUGUCUUUAUCAUGGACAACUGUGAGGAUCUUAUCCCUGAGUACCUAAGCUUCGUCAAGGGUAUAGUCGAUUCUGAGGAUUUGCCACUCAACAUCUCUCGUGAGACUCUCCAGCAGAACAAGAUCUUGAAGGUCAUCCGCAAGAACCUGGUCAAGAAGUGCAUUGAGCUCUUCUUUGAGAUUGCCGAGAACAAGGAGGACUACAACAAGUUCUACGAGGCUUUCUCAAAGAAUCUCAAGCUCGGAAUCCACGAAGAUUCCCAGAACAAGACCAAGAUUGCUGAGCUUUUAAGGUACCACUCGACCAAGAGCGGUGAUGAAAUGACCAGCUUGAAGGACUAUGUUACAAGAAUGAAGGAAGGACAGAAUGAGAUCUAUUACAUCACCGGCGAGAGCAAGAAGGCUGUCGAAAACUCCCCCUUCCUCGAGAGGCUGAAGAAGAAGGGAUACGAAGUUAUUUACAUGGUUGACGCCAUUGAUGAAUACGCUGUGGGACAAUUGAAGGAAUUCGAGGGAAAGAAGCUUGUUUCUGCGACCAAGGAAGGUUUGAAGCUUGAUGAGAGCGAGGAUGAAAAGAAGAAAAAGGAAGAGCUAAAGGAGAAGUUCGAGGGCUUGUGCAAGGUCAUCAAGGAUGUGUUGGGCGACAAGGUCGAGAAGGUAAUUGUGUCUGACCGCGUGGUUGACUCACCUUGCUGUUUGGUGACUGGAGAGUACGGCUGGACCGCAAACAUGGAGAGGAUCAUGAAGGCUCAGGCUUUGAGGGACUCGAGCAUGGCUGGUUACAUGUCGAGCAAGAAGACCAUGGAGAUCAAUCCCGAGAAUCCGAUUAUGGAGGAGCUGAGGAAGAGGGCUGAUGCCGACAAGAACGACAAGUCUGUGAAGGAUUUGGUGAUGCUGCUUUUCGAGACCUCUCUGUUGACUUCUGGUUUCAGUUUGGACGAGCCCAACACCUUCGGGAACAGGAUUCACAGGAUGUUGAAGCUUGGUCUGAGCAUUGAUGACGACGAGUCGGGUGAGGCUGAUGUGGACAUGCCUGCUCUGGAGGAGGUUGAUGCUGAUGCUGAGGGCAGCAAGAUGGAGGAAGUCGACUAAUUCCUAUGUCUGUUGUCUUUUGUUUUUGGUUUCGUGUCUUUAAAAACGAUGGUUACUUGUUUUUCUUUUUUAAUUUUGUUUUUGGAGUAUUUCUAUGGUUUUAGCUUUUUCUUUUUGAAUGCCUGAGUAGAACUUGGUGGUUCCUAUUUGUGGUUCCUAUCUGAUAUAUGCAUUUUAAGUAGGUUUUGUUUACGAAUUGAUUAGUAUCGGUAAUUAGUAUUAUUCUUACGUUUCUAAGAUUGCAGUGUUUUGUGGAAUUCUAUUAUGCAGAUCAUUCUUUCCUG